UAGUCAAAGAAAAUGUCUCGUUAUCCCACGGAUCGGAAAGUGUAUGUUGGUGACUUGGGAAACAGUGCUCGCAAAAAUGAAUUGGAAUAUGCAUUUGGAGCUUACGGUCCUCUGCGUAGUGUCUGGAUUGCUCGUUCACCUCCAGGAUUUGCAUUUGUAGAAUUUGAAGAUGCCCGCGAUGCGGCGGACGCAGUGCGAGGUUUAGACGGCCGAACAAUUUGUGGCCGCCGGGCACGCGUAGAGCUAUCCACAGGUAAAAGCACUAAACCAGGUCGAAGCGGUGGUGGGGGUGGUGACCGCAGAGGAGUUGGAGUUCCUGAUCGUUACGGUGGUGGUGGUGGCGGUGGUCGCGGCAUAGGAGGUGGUGGACGCAAUGGUGGUGGAGGAGGUGUUGGUAGUGGCGGGGCUGGUGGUGCUGAAAGUAAAUGUUAUGAUUGCGGUGAUCGUGGACAUUAUGCCCGCGAUUGUCACCGUCAUGGGCGAAGCAGGAGGCGCCAUUCACGCAGUCGGUCCCGAAGUGUAUCAAGAGGACGUCGAUCUCAUUCCAGAUCUGCAUCGCGUUCACGCAGCCGUUCUGUAUCAGGAACAAGAGAAACAUCACGCAAAGCUAGAGAAACAUAUGGUCGAUCACGAGAAAAUGGACGUGAAAAUGGCGAAUCAGCUUAUAGAUACAGCGAAGAAGAACGCAAUGGAGGCGCAGCAAUUGCUGAAUCACCAUCGCCAAAACGAAGAUAUGAACACGAUUCUCCAUCUCCUAAGCGCAUUACUCAUUCAAAACGAAGCCGCACAGAAUCCUCUCGUAGACACGGUGGAGGAGGUGGUUCCUCUAUUUCACGUUCGCGUUCAAAUUCACAUAGAGAUUAGCAAUUAUUGAGCAAAAGUCAAGUAGCAGCAUAUAUAAAGUGAACAAAUACAUACUA